UAAAUAUCGUUGCAAAUCAUGUUACAGUAGGCUUGUGAACGUUAAAGUAUUGAACCAUUUAUUGUCAAAAAUGUAUCAGUUUUUAGUUAUUGUAACUCUUUUCACUUUUGCAACAUCAAGUGUUAUUUUGGCCGACAAGGAAUGGACACUGUUUAAGGCAACUUAUGGCAAAAAUUAUCCCAGUCUAGAGGAAGAAAAUUAUCGAAAGAAUAUUUUCAAUGAAAAUUUGAAGAAAAUAAAACUUCACAAUGAAAAGGCCAUGCGAGGUGAACACAGCUUUCAAUUAGGAAUCACAAAGUUUGCUGAUUUGACAAUCGAUGAAAUGGAAAUGCCUGAGCUAGAAGUUGAACCACAACCAAUAGAUUUUAAAUUUCAUCAUAAAUCGUAUUUUAAAGCUCCAGAAUCAGUUGAUUGGAGAUCAAAAGGUAUCUUGACUGGAGUUAAAAAUCAAGGUAAAUGUCCAUCUUGUUGGGCAUUCACUGGUGCAGCAACCAUCGAAGCAGCCUAUGCUAAAGCAAAGGGUGUACUGGUUAAUCUUUCAGUACAAGAUAUAUUGGACUGUGCUCCUAAAUCCAAAGGCUGUACUCCAGGAUAUGUAAGUACUGGUUAUCAAUAUGCAAUGAGUAAAGGAUUACGUCUAGACGAGUGCUACCCAUACGAAUCACAUGAUGACAGUUUUGGUCAAAAGGCUUGUAAAGUCAACUCUGGAUGUGGCAGAAUUAAAAUAAAAGAUUUUGUAUUCAUUCCAAAGGGCAACGAGAAUGCCCUUCGUGAUGCUGUUGCUGAGCAUGUUGUCGCUGGAUAUAUUUACGCAAGUCUGCACGAUUUCAAGUUUUACAAAGGAGGAAUUUAUAGUAAUCCUGAUUGCCGUAAGGAUAAAAUUACACACUUGGUUCCAAUAGUUGGCUAUGGAACUGAAAACGGAACUCCUUAUUGGAUCAUCAAGAACAGUUGGGGUGAACAUUGGGGUGAAAAUGGUUACGGACGAAUAUUGAGAGGAAACAAUACUUGUGGCAUUGCUUUGUAUAGCUCAAGUUACCCAAGAAUCUGAUGCUCUCUUUAAAAUAAUAAAAUGUCAAUCAAAUACUAAUUCAUAUUUUUGUCAAUAAAAUGAGAUCAAACAAUCACCAA